CUUCUCCUCUCCAACCAUUCCCUCUCUUGGCUGUAGUCUUCUUCUGAAGUCAUCUUCGUCUUCCUGAUUUGCUUGGUUGGUGGUCGGUUGCAGGGCGAAGGGAUGGGGAUGGGGAGGCCGAGCGGAGCUUGGUCGACCCCGUGGUUGGUGGUGGUUCUUGUGCAUUGGCUCCUCUGCGCCACCGAGAGGAGGCGAGGGGCGGUGGUGGAGGCCUCCCAUGUGGAGUUUGCAUCCCUCCAAUCUGUUCCUGCCUCCGUCGUCGACAACAGGCUGAGGACUGGUUAUCACUUCCAGCCCCCGAGGAACUGGAUCAACGAUCCAAAUGGACCCAUGUACUUCAAUGGCGUCUACCACCUCUUCUACCAGUACAACCCCAAUGGCUCCGUGUGGGGUAACAUCGUGUGGGCCCACUCGGUGUCGACCGACCUCGUCAACUGGAUAGCACUCGACCCGGCCAUCCGCCCCAGCAAGCCAUUCGACAUCAACGGAUGCUGGUCCGGCUCCGCCACCGUCCUCCCCGGCAACAGGCCUGUGAUCGUCUACACCGGCAUCGACCCCCAGCAGAGACAACUGCAGAACGUUGCGUACCCCAAGGAUCUGUCCGACCCUUACCUCCGCGAGUGGGUCAAGCCCGACUACAACCCGGUGAUCGCCCCUGGCGACGGCAUCAACGCCAGCGCGUUCCGCGACCCGACCACGGCGUGGCGCGGUCCCGGCACGCACUGGAAGCUCGUGGUGGGGAGCAAGUGGAACCGGAGGGGGAAGGCCAUUCUGUACCGGAGCAGGGAUUUCGUGCACUGGGUCAAGGCCAAGCACCCGCUGCACACGGUCAAGGAUACCGGCAUGUGGGAGUGCCCGGACUUCUACCCGGUGGCGGUGACGGGGAGGCGAGGGCUGGACACGUCCGCGUACGGCGACGGCGUGAAGCAUGUGUUGAAGGUCAGCUUGGACCUGCGAAAGUACGAGUACUACACGCUGGGGAAAUACUACCACUACCAAGACAAGUACGUGCCGGACAACACGUCGGCGGACGAUCACACUGGUUUGAGGUAUGACUAUGGGAACUUCUACGCCUCCAAGACGUUCUUCGAUCCGAAGAAGCAGCGAAGGAUCUUGUGGGGGUGGGCGAAAGAGUCGGACGCCGAGGACGUCGACGUAGCUAAGGGCUGGGCUGGAAUCCAGGCUAUUCCGAGAACCAUUUGGCUGGAUAGCAGCGGUCGACAACUUAUCCAGUGGCCAAUCGAAGAGCUCGAAUCCCUCAGAGGCAAACACGUUGUUGUCGAGCACAAGAAAGUCUCGGGUGGCAACUCCUUUGAAGUGGAAGGAAUAAACUCCUCGCAAGCGGAUGUGGAGGUAGCAUUCGAAGUCUCAGGCUUGGAAAAAGCUGAGGCCUUUGAUCCGUCCUGGGCGACUGAUGCCGAAGCACUCUGUGGCCAGAAGAGGGCGGACGUCAAGGGUGGGGUUGGGCCAUUCGGCCUCCUGGUUUUGGCUUCAGCCAACAUGGAAGAGAAGACUGCUGUCUUCUUCAGGAUCUUCAAAGCUGAACACAAGCAUGUGGUCCUCAUGUGCCAUGAUCCUACCAGGUCCUCCAUGAGGCCAAAUCUAUACAGGCCGACCUCUGCGGGCUAUGUCGAUGUGGAUAUAGCUAAAACUGGCAAGAUCUCUUUGAGGAGCUUGAUCGAUCACUCUGUAGUGGAGAGCUUUGGGGCCGAAGGCAAGACAUGCAUUACAUCCAGAGUUUAUCCCAGCUUAGCCAUCGGAAAAGAUGCUCAUCUCUUCGUGUUCAACAAUGGAUCAGCGGACGUCAAAGUCUCUGAGCUGAAGGCAUGGGAGAUUAGGAGACCUCUCAUGAAUGGAGCAUAGGAAGGCAUUCAUGGAAAUCUCAGCUUACAAUAAAUUCCGAUGUUCAAUUUCCGCUGCAAUAAUGGUCGAAAUAUAGUUGAGUAGGAGAAUGAUAUGUACUUUGUCGAACUGCAUACGCUCCUUUUGAGCUGAUUGAAUCUGUAACUUAUUAUAUUACUGUGCUAAGCAUUAUAUACGCAGUGCUGAUCCAAUUCUAAACAA